GAACUGGUGUAGGAGCAUGUGGAUGUAUCAGGUGCAUCUUAUGUGUGAGCUCAAAUUUACUCGGGCUUUAGGACCGCGGGAUGAGAGGCAAAGUCUGCGCACCUCAACCGUGCAAAAGUUGAGGGUUUGUCUCGAACCUGUCUUGUCUGUCACUCGUGUCCCAGGUCUGGUGCUCCAUGGAUGCAGCGCCAUACUUCAGAAGAAUGACGGGCGGUUUAUUUCUUUUUCUACUUUUUGGAUAAGUAGAGUCUCAUCCCUUUGGUGAAAUGCAAUCGACUUCAAAGUUGAGUCACGGCACAAAAAUGGGGACUUCAAGACAUCGCUGGGCAAACUUCUGAGCGCCAUACCUCCCCCCCCCCCCCGUCUCCUCUGCGUCCUUCACCAUGAGGUUGUGGGGCAGAGCUACAGCUGUCCGGAGGAGGAUGCUCUGCCUCUGGCUACUGCUCCUCGGGUUCGCCCUGGUUACUCUGGUGCUCUCGGACCUCUUUAAUCGGGACCGGGACCACAGUCAUCAGAAACCUAGCCCUCCCCGCCGCCCACUCCAGCGCAUCCCUAGUGCACCGGACCUGGAGGUCAUCGUGGACUCCCGGGAUCCUGCAUUAGAGCUCGGUGUUGAUAUCGCACCGCUAAAAUCUCUGCAAGAAGACCAGCUGUUGUUCGUGCCAUCGACGCAGGGCACCAAGAAUCCUCCCCAGAAGAAGGGGAGUUACAAGGUGCUUCUGCCUGGAGCAAACAAAGAUACCCGCGCCACCAUGCCUCCGACGCACGGUGAAAUGGGGAAAGCAGUGCGGCUACACCUGGAGGGUAUUGAGAGGGAUAGGGAGCUUUCUGCGGUGCAGAAAUACGGUUUCAACGAGCUGGUCAGCGAGAGGAUUUCACUGCAUCGCAGGCUGCCUGAGGCGCGCCACCCUGAGUGUUUGAGGGAGCAGUACAGCGAGUCGCUACCAUCAGCCAGCGUUGUUAUCUGUUUCCACGAUGAGGCUUGGUCCACGCUCCUGCGCACCGUGCACAGCGUGCUGGAUACUGCACCCAAACACUAUCUGCAGGAGGUUCUGCUGGUGGACGACCUGAGCCAGCACGGUCACUUGAAGAGUGUGUUAAGUGAGUAUGUGUCUCAUCUGGAAGGGGUGCGUUUGAUUCGCAGUACCAGGCGCUUGGGCGUUGGAGGGUGCCGUACUCUGGGUGCUGCCAGAGCUGAAGGGGAGGUGCUGGUGUUCAUUGACUCCCACUGUGAAUGUCAAAAGGGCUGGCUGGAACCACUGCUGGAGAGAGUAGCACAGGACAGGACUAGAGUGUUGUCCCCCAUCAUGGAUGUGAUAGACUGGCAGACCUUUCAGUACAAUGCCACCCAGUGGCCAGUUAGGGGAGUGUUCGACUGGAGACUUGACUUUUAUUGGGAAUCUAACCCUCAGCUGCAAGAUAAGAACCCAGACUCAGCUGUUCAGCCUGUAAGGAGCCCAGCUUUAGGAGGCGGAGUUGUGGCCAUCGACAGACACUUUUUCCAGAGCGUGGGAGCCUACGACCCGGGGAUGCUGCUGUGGGGGGAGGAACAAAUUGAGCUGUCAAUCAGGGUGUGGUCAUGCGGGGGCUCCAUGGAGGUGGUUCCCUGCUCCCGUGUGGCCCACCUUGACCGCCACCACCCGCCUUACCGCUUCCCAGACCAGGAGCUGCUUCAGAGGAAUAAGAUCCGGAUCGCAGACACGUGGAUGGAUGCAUACAAGAAGAUCUUCUAUCGGAGAGACACUCUUGCUCAUUUCAUCAGGCAGUCUGAGAGCCCUAACAUCACAGAGCGUCUGCGGCUUAAGAGGAGUCUGGGCUGCAGGAACUUCCACUGGUACCUGACUACAGUUUAUCCACAACUUUACAUCCCCCAGGACAGACCUGCACUGUCAGGCGAGCUGUACAAUGUCGGCACUGGCAGCUGUGCAGACUACCCCCGAGGGCAUGGACUGCAGGGUGGGGCCAUGAACGUAGCACCAUGCAGUGGGACGGGCAGCCAGCACUGCGAUCUAAACUCUGAGUUGGAAGUGCGAUGGGGUCCCAUGGGGGCUUUGUGUUUGGACGCCAUGGGAGAGAGGGUGGUUUUAUCUCCGUGUCCCCCACACCGACCAACGACCAGCAGACUCCAGUGGAAGUUCAUAAAGCUGAGCGGUCAACUUGUUCACCAACAGUCCCAGUUAUGUCUGGAGGCUGUCAAAGAAGGAGGGCUUCCACAAAGCAGCCCAAGAGAAGUCAGCACCAACACAGGAGGUCUCUUCCUGCGCCCCUGCACCCAUCAUCCCAAACAACAGUGGCACUUUGAGCAGUUAGUAGCUCCUAAAGGUGCCUGAUACAGAAAGCACAAAGAGAUGGAUGGAUUUGCAAGGUGUCAAUCCUAGGCACAUAUUAUCAUAUAUGUACUAUGCAUAGUGGCAUACAGUAGUAAUAGUUUUUUGGCUCCACUUUGCCACUCGGCUUUUUUGUUCCUGUUUUAAGGAUUGCAAAUAGAAUUUAUUGUGUUAAAUAAUAAGUUACAUGGUAUAAUUAUGUUGAAACAAAGUCUUUAUUUAAAACUGCUUUCUAAUAUCCACAACUAUUCUGUAUUUAUGUACAUGUAUCAUAUCAAGUGUGAAAACAUGUUGAGAAAAAUUAUGAUCUUUUAUUUCAGUAAAUGCUUUUAUUAAUUCAUUUGUUAAUGUUUUUGUACACAUUUCUGAAAGAUCAAAGCAUUAAGCAGACAGAAUCUCAUCAAAAAACAAUACAUCUCUAUGAACUGGCCCCAUGGAGCAUGCAUUGUAUGGAGAUUGUGAAGGACAGUUGGGUAGUAUCAAGUACCAAAAAUCUGUAUGUAUGUUAUCCCUACAGUUAUUUGUCAUUUACCCAAAUUUUCCUUUGACCUAUAGUAUUAGUAGUAUUUUAGUCUAUUAAACAGAUUUUGUUCUGGAACAAAAAUGUAACCCCUACAACACCCUUCCUCUCUCUUUAUCUCAAAGUAAAGUUAGUAUUUAGGUAAAACAUGGUCAAAUUUGCACUGAAAUGUAACUGCCUAUAGUCGACAGGCCUCCAGUUAAUCAAGCUUGAUCUGUGAAUACAAACGAGAGGACAGUUAUUAUUUAAAGGACCAAAAUGUGGACUUUUGUGUUCUCUUGAGUAGGGCCUUUUUUCAUAGUGUGGGCUGCAAUUAAGGGCAUAAACAAUUAAGCAAUUACAUGUAAAGGAAAUUUCAAUGCAUUCAAGACCAGAGUAUACUUCCAAAGUAAAAAAUAGGUCCGUUAAAAUGUACUCUAGGUAGGCCUAAAUAAAAAAAAAUUACAGCAGAAAUAAUGUAAAUAAAACAUCACCAAAGCAGACAGCACAGAGAUGUAUAGAUAAUAUAAACUCUGCAGCAGCUGAUCACACAUAUAUAAAUGAAGGAGAAGCUGCAGUUUUUCAACACCCUGCAGUGCACACAUGUUGUGUUGCUAGGCAACUCAGUGGUUGGUGAAGCUCUGGUCUGUGUGUUAUAACAAUUAAAGAGUUUGUUAC